AUACUGUUUUUUUAUGUAACAAUCGGACGUCUGUACGAAAAAGUCGGCUCACUAUACUGUGAAUGACCGCGGCAGCUAUAGAAAUGCAUAGACACGCUAACAGACAAAAAACUAAAAUCACAUAACAGCUUAUUUUAGCAUCUGGGACGCCACGAUGUCGCUCCAACGGCAGGUGGGGAACACUGUGGAGGAGAGGAGUGCGAGCGCCUUCUUCAUCGGUGCGGACUCGGAUACCCUGUCGGUAGAGGAGGACCAUCAUCAACUUAUUUUACAGAAAGCUAAUGCGCUUGCAUCUGAAAACUGCCUCAAAGAGGCUAUAGACUGGUUUACAGUGGCCAUGCGGUAUGGCCCUGUGCGACCUGAGCAACUUAGCACUUUUGUGGACUGUAUCCUCCGCAACUUUAAAAGCAAAGCGGCUGGGCCGGGCGCACCACUGGGUCUGAAUCGGGACGAAGGGGACAGGUCCAGGGACGAUGUUUUUGACUGUCUAAACUGUCAUAGCUUUUUAGGUGAACCAGUGACUCUAGCCUGUGGACAUUCGUAUUGUAAAAGGUGUUUAGAACGGCGGCUGUUCUCCAAAUGUAAGCUGUGUAAGGAGCCGACGAGGGGAGAGGAGAAGGCGAAUGUUAUUCUGUGCGGACUUCUAGAGAAAUGGUUCCCUGACGAGAUGAGCAGGUCGAAAACGAUAUGUGAAGUGGAAGGGCUGUGUAGAGGAAAGCGCUACCGAGAGGCUGUGUCAUUGGCAACUGAUGUCAUUCAGCAUGAUCCAGAGACCACAGUGUCUGCCCGAUUGUCACGGGCUGAAGCGUACAUGGCUCUCAAACAGUACCGUCUGGCCCUGGAGGACACCGAAUUUUGUCUUGAGUCCAGUUGUUCUGCUGAAGCUGCGUUCAGAAAAGCUAUGGUGCUGUAUGAAAUGGGUCAAGUAGAUGAGUCUCUACAAGCCUUCCUCCAAUGCCUGGCUGUGGACGAGGACUUCCCCCGUGCAAAAAGACAAGUGGAGAAGAUCCUCUGUGACCUGCUCUCCCCUGAUGAUGAGAACGUCAAAGUCGGCUUGAGGGAAACAACUCAGAACUCGUCACCUCACUUACGUAGUAAAACCCUUGCCGCCGAUGUCCAAACGCAACCACUGAGCCCAGUCCAAAGACAACACCAACAUCAGGCCCGAGCCAUCUCGGCACAUCAUCACCAAGACAGCCAGGAGAAGCGCUGGGAAAGCUUGGAGCGGCCCAAUCUGAGCCGAGCUCAUUCACUACGAGUUCAUGGCUCUGUUUGUGGUGAGGAGAGACUGAAAAGAGUUUGGUCUGCUCCUCAACUUGGGGACCAGGAAAAGGGGAGCCUCCUGAAGAGGAAGCUGUCAGUGUCAGACACCGAACCAUGUUUAGUAGAUAGUGGAAGCAGCAAGCAUAAAAAACAAGGUGUGGCAAAAGGCUCCAAACAGCAAGCUGCCAAAGCUAAAACCCACAGAAGUGUUCCUGGGGACCUUCUGGACCCUAAUGACUUUGAGUGCUCACUUUGCAUGAGAUUGUAUUAUGAGCCUGUAACAACACCAUGUGGCCACACAUUCUGUAAAAACUGCCUGGAACGCUGCUUGGACCACACACCCCAGUGUCCCCUCUGCAAGGAGAGCCUGAAAGAGUAUCUAGCAUGUAGGAAGUACAAUGUGACGACCGUCUUGGAUAUGCUGAUCAAACAGUAUUUGAGUCAGGAGUUCGCCGAAAGGACUAAAACUCAUCUGGAGGAGACAAAGGAGCUGUCAGAUCUUACGAAAAAUGUGCCUAUCUUCGUGUGUACCAUGGCUUACCCUACCGUGCCUUGCCCUCUGCAUGUCUUUGAGCCACGCUACCGUCUCAUGAUUCGCCGCUGCAUGGAAACAGGCACGCGGCAGUUUGGGAUGUGUAUCAACGAUCCCCAGAAAGGGUUUGCUGAUCAUGGUUGCAUGCUGACCAUCAGGAGUGUUCAUUUCCUCCCUGAUGGACGAUCUGUAGUGGACACUAUCGGUGGGAAGCGUUUUCGGGUCCUGUCUCGAGGAAUGAAGGAUGGUUACAGUACUGCUGACAUCGAGCACUUAGAAGAUACACGGGUAGAGGACCGUGAGGAGCUGGAGAGUCUUCAAGAGCUGCAUGAUGAGGUGUAUGAGCAAGCCCGCGUCUGGUUCCAGAACCUUAAGAUCCGCUUCCACAAUCAGAUCCUGCAGCAUUUUGGACCAAUGCCAGAGCGGGAGGCUGACAUCCAGGCCACUCCAAAUGGUCCAGCCUGCUGCUGGUGGCUCCUUGCUGUUCUGCCAAUUGACCCGCGGUACCAACUCUCUGUCCUCUCCAUGACAAGUCUGAAGGAACGCCUGGUCAAGAUCCAGCACAUCCUCACAUAUCUGCAGAGCAUCCCCAACAACUAGCGCUUCCUCCCAUCAACACCGUUAACAACCUUUGGUCUCUGAAAAUAACACUGAACUAACCCUGAAUCAGCAUCUCAACAACUUCUUUUGUUUAUGGAUGCCAUCUCAUCCUUUGGCUUUUUCACCUGCUACAAGAUCCCAUAUUUAACUAGUUACACCAUGUCAGAGCAAAGCUAAAACAUCCUUGAACUUUGGAUCAUCACAUCCAGAGAUGUGGCGGAAACCACCUCAGGGAUACUUCCACUGACACAUGCUGUGUGUCUAUGAUUGUCAGCAGUUAUUUAAGAAACAGACUUAAGGGUGGCGAUGACUCUUUUCAUCUCUUCUCGUUCAUAAUGCAGUACAUUUUCAUAAGCACCUCCCUGAAUGAGCCUGUUGAAAUGAGAGGAGCUUUUGAAGAGGAAGACAGAGAGUAGAGUAAGUAACAAUUACCUUCCAGUGUUCCUUAUUUAUAAAAUUUGUGGAGCUGAGCUGAAGAGAGUAUUGUCUCCCUUUUAUAAAGAAGAGUGCUGAGACGAUCCCUGGAACAAAAUCAUAAAUGCUGAAAGUCAAAAAUGUGAUACCCUGACAUGGUCAAGUGGACUCUAAGAAAAGAAAUCAAGUGCAACUAAAGACUGGUGUGUGUUCACAACACUAUAAAGUCUAAAAUUGUUUCUUCCAAGCCUCCUGUUUUGAUUUUCUUUUUUUACCUUUUCCAUUGUCCUCUCUACGCACAACUUCCAUCACUGCCUCUGAGUAGUGGGAUAUGAAAAAAAUGAGACAACCUGUGCUUCUCCUCAUCUUUCUACCAUUUCAUCCUUUUAACAUCACAUCAAAGUAAACCUCAUGUCUCUGAAAACCCCCCUGAAUCUUUGCAUUUAAAGUGCUUUUCUUCCUAUCACGCUUAACCCUCACUUGGCGACUCGUACUUUCAGACAAUUUGUGCGUUAAAGCCUCUAAGGAUUUUGAAAAGGAGUGGCCCUGUUCUGUUAUUACAUGCCUCUCCUCUAAACCAAAAGAUAGAGCUACCUGAUAAUUUAACCUAAACUAAAUUAAUUUGUAAGUUAAAUUAUAUUUGUAUAUUCCUAGGCAAUGUGUUCAUAAAAUCAAAAAGAAAACUAUGAUGGGGUCUUGUAAUAUUAUUGCAAUUUAAAACAGCAUGUACUUAGCCAUUGGGCUAGCAUACUAAUUCAAAGCUGCUCUGUCUGGUCAGAGGAGAGAGAGAGAGGACGGUACCUGCAGUGCUUCACACUGCAUCUGCCUUACAGCAUUCUGUAUUCACAUUUAAAAAACACAAUGCAUUGGCUUGGCUACCAUUCCUUUUGCCAUAAUAUGAAGUGUGUUUUGAAUGUCUUUUGUUCCUUUUAGUUUGAGGCACCAUUUGUUCACUUACGUGUACAAAACAUUCUUUGAAAGUAAAGUCGUAUUAAGGCUGUUUUAUGUAAAUCCUCUGUAAAAAGGCUUUUUUUGGACAUAUCUUGCUUUUUUUGCUCAGAUGUUUUAAGUUAUCAGUUUGAAUAAUAAAUGCACUCUUUUUCAA